GGCGCGGGCAACUGCAUCGUCCUCCGCGUCGACAAGCCAUGAAGACCUGCCUGCUGAUCGUCGUGCUGGAUAAUCAUGCAAGAAAUCUACACUGAGGAGUGUUUCGUGAGAUGUUUAAAUGAUGCAUCUGGAAAGAUGGCUGCAAAUGGCGGCCGAAAAGGGAACGACGCGCCGUCGCACCGUGCGCUGAUUGCGCCGACCUGUCCCGCAGGAGUGCUGGCGGCGGGCGCGUGGUCCGCGAGCUGCCCUUGCCCGCAGUGCAUCAUCGUGCGCCCCGUGUGCGCAUACAGCUACUCGACGCACCAGCGGCGCUCCUUCUCCAGCGAGUGCGAGAUGCGCUGCUACAACAAGUGCUACGACACGGAUUACUCCAAGAUUUCCUACGGCCUGAAAUGCGUGUGAUCAAGAACUCCUGCCUGUCCAUCUGGGGGGAGAGAGAGAGAGAGAGAAAGAGAGAGAGAGAGAGAGAGAAUCACUAUCAUUUUUGGGCUGCCAUGCACAGUCUUUGUAUGCUGAAAUGGUCACGAUACCGCAACAUUUACUUUGUCGUGUAUAGGAUGAUGUUUUACGUAAACAUCGCUGUUAUGUUAAACAUUAGUAUUUAAAACGAAUUAUUAUUUUAUGUUCAUAUCUUUACAUUUUAUUUGAUGCAAUAAAAAUAUUUUUUAUA